AUGAUCCGCAAGAAAGCCUCUGCUGCCAGCCCACCCGAUGCCAGCCUCUUGCUCAGCGCUGCCAAGGGCUCCUCCGGGGGCCACUACGGAGAAGCCGGAGCCAUUCGAAAUGGGCCCUCGACCGGUAGCUUCGAUGCAGAAGUGGAUGACACGGUCUACAUUUACGGCAGAGAUGGCUAUGAGUCUUCCAACAGUCCCAGAGGAAAUUACUUCAGGGAUGGGAAAACGAAGAUAGACUUCGUACUGGUUUGGGAGGAGAAAGCCUGUCCCUCAAAGAAAAAGCGUGGCAAACAGCUGCAAUGUCAGGGCGAGGCGGCAGCAGCGGGCACAAGUGCUGGAUGGGACCAACGUUACGGGCGGCACAAGAGAUGGAAGCGGAAAUUUCUCAAAAAUCUGAGGAACGCUGGCCUCUUGGUAGAGAAGGAGGAGACCAGGAGCGAACACAAGAGCAUCCACUAUCUGAAGCUGAGCACCCCCUGGGAAGUGCUGGUGUAUUAUGCCGAGGAGCUGUGCAUGCGAGCGCCUCUCCAAGCUCACCCCAACCCAGACCGAAAUAGUUCCGACCACCUGCUUCGGUGGUUGCGUAUCCCCAACGUCAUGGAUCAGAGGGUGCCCAACAAGCCUGUGGACUACUACACCUGUGCCUUCCGCAAGUCCAAGCUUGACAGGUUCCUGGGCAGUGAUGUGCACGACUCCUACUUCACCAAUACGCAAAGGCAUCGCAUCGUGUAUGAAAUCUUGGCCCGGACGAUUUACGGGAAACGGAAGCACGCGGAAAUAGGCAUUGACCGGCUGCUGAACGAAGGGGUCUAUUCUGCCGCUUUCCCACUGCACGAGGGCCCCUAUGAGCUGCCAGACUACGAGGUGCUGAACGAAGAGCUGAACCCCCGGCAGAUCCUAUACCGUUUUUGGGCCCGCUGGGCCUGCUGGUACAAGUACCAGCCCCUCGACCACAUCCGGGAAUACUUUGGAGAGAAGGUGGCCAUCUACUUCGCCUGGCUGGGCUUCUACACAGCCUGGCUGAUCCCAGCCGCAGCCAUUGGCAGCUUAGUGUUCCUCGUUGGCCUCUUCACCAUGGACAUGAAUGUGCCGGCGAAAGAGAUCUGCAACAGUGGGGGGCAAUUCCUCAUGUGCCCUCUGUGCGAUAAUUGUGGCAACUGGAACAUCUCCGAGAUCUGCCCCAUGGCAAAGAUUGGUUACCUCUUUGACCAUCCAGGGACGGUUUUCUUCAGCAUCUUUAUGUCCUUCUGGGCUGUGACGUUUCUGGAAUACUGGAAACGGAGAAACGCCACUCUGGCUCACCACUGGGACUGCAUGGACUUCCAAGAGGAAGAGGAACGUCCUCGCCCAGAGUUUGCUGCCAUGGCCCCUUGCCUGGAACAGAACCCCAUCACGGGAUUGAAGGAGCCCCAUUUCCCCAAGCAUGACCGGCUAUCACGAAUCCUGACCGGGUCCAUGGCUAUUGUCAUCAUGCUCUGUGUGGUGAUGAUCUUUUUGGUGUCAGUGAUCAUGUACCGUGGGAUUGUCAGCACCGCAAUGUAUCACACUGGGAACAGAGUUCUGAUGACGCAGGCAGGUAACAUUGCGAAUAUCAGCAGCUCCAUGGUGAACUUGGUGCUCAUCCUUCUCAUGAGUCAGGUCUACACUUCCUUGGCUGAGAAACUUACCAGAUGGGAAAUGCAUCGGACUCAAACGCAGCACGAGGAUGCCUUCACUUUCAAAGUUUUCAUUUUCCAGUUUGUGAACUUCUAUUCGUCGCCUUUCUACGUGGCUUUCUUCAAAGGCAGCAGGUUUGUAGGCUACCCUGGUCAAUACGGACAGCUCCUGGGCAUGAGGAAUGAAGAUUGCGGUCCCGGUGGAUGUCUCAUCGAAUUGGCCCAGCAGCUGUUCAUCAUCAUGGUUGGGAAGCAGAUCGUCAGCAACGUCCAGGAAUUCUUCGUUCCCAAACUGAAGGCUUGGCACCAGAAAAGGAAGCUGGCCAAGGUGCGAGGGGGGCAGAUCUGUCAGGAGUCCAAACGGUGGGAGGAAGACUACGAACUAAUUGAAUGUGAAGGCCUCUUCGAAGAGUACCUGGAGAUGGUGCUCCAGUUUGGCUUCAUCACCAUUUUUGUGGCUGCUUUCCCGCUGGCCCCUCUCUUCGCCCUGCUCAAUAAUUGGGUUGAAAUCCGUCUGGAUGCUCAGAAAUUUGUCUGCGAGUACCGCCGACCGGUCGCUGAGCGUGCCCAGGACAUCAGUGUUUGGUUCUUCCUCCUUGAGGUCUUGGCCCAAAUCUCCGUCAUUGUCAAUGCCUUUCUCAUCGCCUUCACCUCGGACUUCCUGCCACGGCUCCUCUACCAAUAUGAGUAUGACAGCCACCUCCACGGCUACGUGAACUUCACCCUGGCUUACUCCCCACCCGCUUACAUGCACGGCAACCAUACCAUGUGCAGGUACAAAGCCUUCCGCGAUGCUCACGGGAACUACACCCUCUUUUAUUGGAAACUUCUGGCCAUUCGCCUGGGCUUCAUCAUCGCCUUUGAGCAUGUUGUCUUCUUCUGCUUGCGCCUGAUUGAUUGGCUGGUGCCAGACAUCCCCGAAUCCUUGGAAGUCAAGAUCAAGAGGGAGCGUUACUUAGCCAAGCAGGCUCUGGCUGACAACCAGGAAGCAUUGUUGACGACGGUGAGUGACGACUCUUCUCCCACCCCAGCAAGCAGCCUUUUAUCCAGCAGUGUGAAUUAG